UUUCAGGCCGGGAGUUUUGAUCGACGGCCUUUAUGGUCCAAAGAAAACAUAGUUGUCGAAUCAUUCUCAAAGGUAGUCAUGUGUUAUCUUCUAGAGUCGCUAGAGGAUGACGAUGUUUCCGCACCCUAUGCCCUAUUCGCUGCUCGUUGUUUUUGUUGGAUCGAGAAGCUAUGGUGAAAGGAUGCCAACAAUUAUCUUUCCACAACUCUCCUGACAUGACACAUGGCAAUUGGACAGCUGAGACCCGUGACCACACACAGACGUUGCAUUUGCUGUGAAAGUGCUCAAAGCAACGAUAGAACCCGGGAUGUCGAACGCGUCGAUUGCGGUUUCUGAUGGUGGACGACGGACCUUUGCCCCCUCAUGUAUGCGCUGAGCGAGCUGCUCCUGGCAACGCUGCUGGGGACGGUGCCAUUGGCCCAGGUGGCGAUCAGGGAGUCCAAGCAUUGUGUACCGCCCAAGGGAGGUUUGGACUUGGUGAGACACUUCAUCCAUCGCUGGCCUAAGGAGGUAGUCCUGGUGCUAUUGCCAGGUGUUCUUUUGCUGCACAGUUUCGGUGUGGGAGGUCUCCACCAACUGAGGACGAGCGAUCCCAAUCUGAAAGAGAGCAGAGACGGAGGACUUGAAGAAGACGACGUUGGAUGGAAGAACAUUUACGGUGAUGUGAUGCGCCCGCCACGUGGGGCACUGCUGCUGGGCCUUGCUGUGGCAUAUGGGGCUGGGCAGUGGGCCACGCUGCUAGGAGCUCCGGAGCUCCUCCGUGGUGUCCUCGCGAGCUUCGUGCUGGGCAGGCUGAGCUCCUUUCUGCGCUUGUCAUCGUGGACUCCAACCACUCUACCACUGCUUUUCGUAGAAGAAUGGCCCUUCCUGCGUCGCUCCGUCGCUCCCUGCACGGAGCUCCUGCGUUGCGCUGCCGUGGGCGUGGUGGGAUUUGGUUUUGGGCGUCGUUGUCCUCCGCUGGAGUCGACCGGCUUCUUUCAGGGCUAUCAUCGCCUCGCACGGGAGAUUCCAAGCACGACGACCGUGUGGACAUCUGGCGUGCCAUUGGUCUUCGCUUCUUUCCUGCUUUUGGCAUUCCUGGGACGGCAGGGUGCCACGACCCCGCGGCUUUGCAGGGCUCUUUCGACUGUACUUUGCUGUGAGCUCUCAUUGUUGACCACGUAUCAGAGGCUUCAACAGGAGAACCAUCGGUGGCAUUGGUGGUGCUUCAAUGUUGCAUUCCUGGGUGCGCUGAGCUUCCAGGUGACGCUAAGCAUGGAGGAUCAGGACCUUACAUGGCUUCAGAUCGUCUCUUCUGCCUUGUUGGCGGGCAGUACUGCCUUCUUAGUGAAUUUGAGGAUGUUGCUCUUCGCCUACUCUCAGUGUGUUUGUGACUUCCCAUAGAGUCCCUGCUUCAGCACCAGCACCGUCCCCGUGUUGUCCUUCCGGCAUAGCUGAGAGAUGCACGCUGAGGAGCUGGAGGUCGGUGGGCCGCUCGGAGAUCGGCACGGAGAUCGGCGCAUGCUUCAGCCAUGCUUCAUCCGCGCUGGACUGGACGUGGCCCCUGAGCGCCUCGAGGGCGGCACUGGCCAGAUCAAGUGAGGGACCUGAAUGAGCCAAUGAGAGAAGUUCCAGGCAGCUUGAUGCCCACACCUGCACUGCCCUGCCAAAUUUCAUGUUCUAAACUCCGAGGCCUCCAGAUCUUAAGUUUUAAACGGCUCAAGUCCC